CAUUUGAAACCCACAGGGACAGAAGCCCACCAGUGUGCUGACAGGUGUCAAGAGCCAGGAUGCUGGGAUGAUGCCCUUGGAGGCCCUGGUGUCCCCCCUGCCCAGGUGCUAGGAGCCGUCCCCAGGCUCCAACUGGGAGCCCUGCUGCCCAGGGGCAUGGCCAAACCUUUCUUCAGACUCCAGAAGUUUCUCCGCAGAACACAGUUCCUGCUUCUCUUCCUCACGGCCGCCUACCUGAUGACCGGCAGCCUGCUGCUCCUGCAGCGGGCCAGAGUGGCCCUCCCACAGGCCCUCCGGGCUCCCAGCAGCCUGCAGGCCUUACCAGUGGCCACUGUGGCACUGGGUGUGGGUCUGCUGGACAGCAGGAGCCUUCAUGACCCCCACAGUAGCCCUGACCUACUACUUGAUGUGGACACACUAAGGAGUCCUCUGGCCCGAGUGCCACCUGGAAUCCGCUGGCCCCGGAGAAACCGCAGCUCACUGCGGCGGCGCUGGCUCCACCACCUGACCAGUGACCCGCAGGGGCCACCCACCCUGGGCCCAGAGGCCUCUGGACCAGCCAGCCAUAACCAAGGCAAUUACCUGGGAUGCUUCAGUGAAGAGGGCCAGGAGAGAACCCUGAAGGGGGCAGUGUUUUACGACUUGAGAAAGAUGACUGUGUCCCACUGCCAGGAUGCUUGUGCUGAGAGGUCCUAUGUCUAUGCUGGCUUGGAGGCUGGAGCAGAGUGCUACUGUGGGAACAGGCUGCCGGCCACACGUGUCAGCCUGAAGGAGUGCAACCAGGAGUGCAAGGGGGAGAAAGGCUCCAUGUGUGGGGCUCUCCACCGACUGUCCGUGUAUAGUGUGGGGCUGCAGCAGUCAGGAGCCAAGAAGCGGCGGACUGCCACCUACCGAGGGUGCUUCCCGCUGCCCGAGAACAUCACCCGCACCUUCUCCUCCUCCAUGACACAGGCCAACGUGACUGUGGAGACGUGUUCUGGAUUCUGUUCCCAGAAAGAGUUUCCUCUAGCCAUCCUCCGGGGCUGGGAUUGCUACUGUGCCUACCCUACCCCCCAAUUCAGCCUGCGGGACACUGUGGAUGGAGCACUGUGCAGCCAAGCCCCGGAGGCACAAGGGCUACCUGGCUACUGUGAGGUCUACCAGACACCUGUGCAAGACACCCGGUGUACAGACAGGAAGUUCCUGCCCAACAAGUCUAAGGUGUUUGUGGCUCUGUCAAGCUUCCCGGGAGCUGGGAACACCUGGGCAAGGCACCUGAUCGAACAUGCCACUGGCUUCUACACAGGAAGCUACUACUUCGAUGGAACCCUGUACAACAAAGGGUUCAAGGGUGAGAAGGACCACUGGCGGAGCCGGCGCACCAUCUGCGUGAAGACGCACGAGAGUGGCCGGAGGGAGAUUGAGAUGUUUGACUCAGCCAUCCUGCUGAUCCGGAACCCUUACCGGUCCCUGGUUGCUGAAUUCAACAGGAAAUGCGCUGGACACCUAGGCUACGCCCCUGACCGCAACUGGAAGAGCAAAGAAUGGCCGGACUUUGUGAAUAGCUAUGCCUCCUGGUGGUCCUCACACGUCCUAGACUGGCUCAAGUAUGGGAAGCGGCUGCUGGUCGUGCACUAUGAGGAGCUGCGGCACAGCCUGGUGCCCACGCUUCGGGAGAUGGUAGCCUUCCUCAAUGUGUCCGUGAGCGAGGAGCGGCUUCUCUGUGUGGAGAACAACAAAGAGGGCAGCUUCAGGAGGCGUGGCCGGCACCCUCACGACCAGGAGCCCUUCACCCCUGAGAUGAAGGACUUGAUCAAUGGCUAUAUCAGGACAGUGGACCAGGCCUUGCGUGACCACAACUGGGCUGGACUGCCCAGGGAGUAUGUGCCCAGAUGAUAGGCCCAUCCUGGUUUCCUGCUCCUGCUGAGAUGCGGUUACACUUAUGGGCUGGACACUGCUCUAGUGCGUUGAUCUGUGGACCCCUGGGAUGCAUGGGGGCUGACACACAGUCAGCAGCGUGUUCUUGCAGGGACUGCUAUGUGUGCGGGGGAUCCUGAGCAGAACGAGGCUGACCCAGAGAGAUGCGCAUCACAGGACACUCCUUGCCGGACACUUACGCAUCCUCAGACACACGUAGACAUCACCCCAUUCUCACAGUGACCAUUUUAAUGUGCCUAAGCCACUUGAGUGGGGUGGGUCAGACACUCCCAGCUUUGCACACACAGCCAGAAAUGGACAGACACACAUACACAUGUGCCAGGGUGUAUACCUGCAAAGACUGGCUAUCUGCUUUCACACAUACACAUGUGCACACACUCAAGGCUGCAGGAGGCCCUGGGUUUCCUGGGUUCAUUUGGGCACAGACUGGCUUUUGGGGGCCCUUGGCUCUGGAAUACUGUACUGGGGAGGCACCGCUGAUACGUGUAGUACUCUGGGGGCUGGAGGUGCACAGACAGACUGUUGCUGAUGGGUACCAUAUGACCCUGGCUGCUUGUCUGACAUCCCAUAAAUGUGUGUGCUGUGACAUCCUGGGCACUGCAAACACUGUCUCUGCCUCUCUCUUCUCCGUGGAUGGUGACUGGCCACACUAUGGCAGUAUGGAGCCCAGUACUGCCCCCCAAGCCCCAACAAGCCCACAUGCUGACUUUAAGACACCCACUACUAUUCAUUCAGCUUAGCCUAGUUACUCUUUUUCAACUAACAUCAGGGCAGCUCAGAGAAGGCCACGUGCUUCUUUGUCCAACUGUUUUGGGAAACUAGAGUAUCAAAACCCUGCCCAUAAGGGGGGGAAGGGCAGAGAAAAGGAUCGGGACUUGGCCUCUGGGGGAUCUCCAGAGUCACAGGAGGCUAUAUGCAGCAGGAGGGGUUUGUGGUGGAUGUGGGAGACCCUAGAUCUCAGGGACCACUAGGACCAGUUGCCCCACAUGUUAGCAGGCCCCUACUAUGUGAAGGUCACACAGAAUUUCUAUGAAAACCAAGCAUAGAGACAUCCUCCCACAUGCUCAGCACUUAAGAGGUGGAAGCAAUAGGAUUGAGUGAUCACGGUCAUCUUCAACUACAUAGUGGAUUUGAGGCUAGCUGAACUACACACACACACACACACACACACACACACACACACACACACACACACACACACACGUGCUAGGAUCCAUUGGCGAGCCUUGGCAUACUGCUGCCUCUCCCCAGGUAGCAGAGCUCUCCUUGAUACUGCAUCCACUCUGACAUCGCCACCAUGUCACUGCCUCUGCCACACUCUCGGUCUUUAUCUUUGUAGCCAACCUUGCUUCCUCUCCUUGGUCCUUUUCUAUCACUGAAGGAUGGUAAAAUACUGAUACAGUCUUACUCA